UGGGGUUUUGACUUUCGGAGUUUCAUGGCUAGUCGAAACUGCCCUGCUCUUGUUGUAACGGUCUACAUUUGCUUGCUCACUAUGCUAGUUGGUGAUCAGAAGCCGAAGCAGAAGCAGAAGCAGAAGCAGCAACCAUGGCGGAUCUCCGUGCACGCCAAGGCCAACAACUUCGAUUUCAAGUUCAUGGCCGCCACCAAUAUCUUGGCCGUUUGGGGAUCAUCUCGCCUCUCUUUGCUCUUCAGGCUCCGGGCAUUUGCCCUCAAAGUGAAAUCAGAAUCCAAAGCUUCGACGCCCAAGAAACGGAAAUCCCUAAAAUCGAAAUUCCUCCGUUUUCUCGGGAAGUUUCAGCCUCGGAGUUCCAAGAACAAAGUCGCUGCUCCUCCGGAAACUAAAACCCCCCUAAAUCAUUUGACCCGAUUUGCUUGUGAGGAACCAGUUUGCGUCAGUUCGCUGGUUAUCGGAGGCAUUGCUCUCAUUUUCCGAUGGAUCUCUGAGAUCUGCUGCAUUGAUGGGUUUCUCAAAUGCGUUUGAUCUGAAAACCCUUUUGGAUUAUGAUGGAGGCUACGUUUUAGAAUGUGUUUGGAAGGCAUUGAAUUAUGCUAACUCUUCAACCUAGGUAUGAGUUUUUUUUCUUUAUUUUUCGAACAAUAUUGCUACACUUAUCCAAAAAAACAAAAACAAAAAAAACUAUAUAUAUAUAUAUAUAUAUAUAUAUAUAUAUAUAUUCAAUUACAAUUUCGUAUACAAUUUUGAAGUGUCAAGUUCAUGGUCUGGGUAAAUUGCAUAAUUAAAAUGAAUUUUUAAUGGAUAUCCAAAUCACUGUGGAGCAAUAUGAAUUAAUUCACUACUUUACAAGGAUGCGACUUGGAAACAAUUUGAUGUUAUUUGUUACUUUAAAAAAAAAUAUUAACUAAACAUCACUUAGAAAAUUACUUUUUCCAUUUUUGUUUAGUUAGAAAAUAAUUACUUCAACCAAAACAACAAGUGAAAUGAUUUUGCUUCAAUAUCAUAUCCUAUUCACAAUAUGAAUAGAAAUCAAAUAUUAAAAUAAGCUUACACAAAUAAUAAAAUCUAGGGCAAAAGACAAUGACCUCACUUGAGGUUUGGCAAAAAGACAGAGAUCUCUCUUGAGGUUUUAAAAAUUUUAGGAAGUUUCCUUGAGGUUCAAGAAUUUUAAAGACCUCCCUUAAAAUUUGUCAAAAUGACACAAAUUUUCCCGUAUAUUUUGCAAAAAUACAAGUUUUUUAAAGGGAGGUUUGAGUCUUUUUAACAAAUUUUAGGGGAGGUCAGUAGCAUUUUUGAAACCUUAGAAGUGAUCCUUGUCUUUUUGUCAAAUUUUAGGGGAAGUUAGUGUCUUCUACUCUAAAAUCUAACUCACACUAUAAAAAUUUAGAAAAUAUUUUAAAAACUAGCUAAAGCAAUUCUUAGCACAUAGAACAUCUCAAAAGUAUGGUUGAUUAAUAUAUAGUUAUACAUAUUCCUGCUUUUGUUGAUGAGCAAGCCAACAUAAUAGAAUUUUCUUUCAUCAUGCACUAAGAAAUCUAUUGCUUUCAAAUGUUUAUUUUGAUCCAAGUUUGAAACCUUUGUGAACUCGUCCAAAACCUCUUGGUACGAGUUAGCUUUGCGACAUGAAACUAUGAUAAGCAUAUCUUGCUUCAUCUUUAGUUGUGAAUUAAAUAAAGUAGAUGUGCUGGGUCACCUCUUAAACACGAACUUUUAAGAGUAUAUGUUGCAUGAUCACCAAAGUCUCCUUCUUAAAAACUUACACAAUUAAUUAGCUUUUUCAUUUGUUGUCAUAUUUGUACUAAACUAUUGAUUCAUUCAAAAAAUAUAGAACCCUCUGGCGCAAACAAUAAGAGGAAACUAUCAAUCAAGUUUUCUCUACCACUAGCAACAAAACUCAAGAGGUGAUUUAAAUUAGAUGGAUGGAUGUGUGACAUGCAAGCACAAAUACAGGAACAUCAAUUUAUCAAAAUGAAUUAAGGGAUUGAAAUGAAUUUUAUAAUUAGUUACCAUUUUAAUUAAAUAUAGUUAUAAGAUGGAUUUAUGCAUUCUAAUCAUAUAUUAUUAGUUGACCUAGAGUCAAUAAGUACAUAUAAAUUUUAGUACUUUGACAGAUUGCACUGCAUAUACAUGCAAUGCUAGACAUUAUGAAUGGAUAUCAAUAUUUUAAGUUGCAUACAUAUUUUGCCAAGAGAAAAAACUAAUUUUUGACAAGUAGAGAAAGAUUCACCUGAAAACGUCCAAAAAAGUAAUGAGCCCCAUAUAUACUAAAUCUCAGUGAAUACCUCCUAUAUGAUAUAGUGAAAUAGACCAAUCCCAAAAAAUACAAAAAUAGAAAAAUAAAAGAGUGAUCUACACAUCAUAUUUAUAUUUAGCUUUGAUAAUUUUAUGUAGGGUAGUUUAAAGAAGAUAUCACAUCAACAAUAACGCAAAACAUGAUGCAAAGAUUAUAUAUAGAUCAUGAAACAUAUUAUUUGUUGCAUGAUCCAUGAAAAACUUGACUUCCCAAACAUGGUACUCACAAUGUCAUACUAUUUUUUUUUUUCUCUAGAUUACAGAAAAAAAACAUUUUUCUCAUUAUCUGAAAAAUUAAGCUCACACAUGGUCAUGAGUUGUGUCGGUAGCAUUCCAAGCACAUGCUUUCGAAGCAAGUGCACCAUCUAACCUAUUCAUGGCAUUCAUUUGUUCAAUCGUGAAGGAGAACAAGAUAAGAUUUGACUCUAAUUGAGGAUUAAAAUAGAACAAUUUUGACUAAUACCAAGCUGUUCAUAAUGAUAUAGUGAUCUAAUACUUAAAUGGUUCAUUGAUAACAAUUUAAUAAAAUCAAAUGACUAACUACAAAAAUUAACAAGUUCAAGUUCUAUAUUACAAAAUAGUUUUUUCAAAGCUAAUAUUAUCUUCGUAAUUAAUGAACAUCACUUAUACAUGACCAUUCUUCCACUCAUUCAUCCUUUAGAUCACUCUAAAUGCACUCAUUGACUCUUACAAUUAAACCAACUUGAUUAUUUGUUUAAUCUUUUUUAAUUUCCUUAUUUUCCUCGACUCUCUUCAUGCUUUAAAUUAAGAUCCACUUCAGCUAAUAUGGAUCAUAGGUGAGUAUGUUUGCAGAAAAUUGAAGGAUGCACCAUAGUUGUUAGAAUCUUACGAUUCACGAUUUGAUUUACAUGCUUUGUAUCAAUUCCACACCAAAUCGAUUCGAAUCUUACUAGUGAAUCUAAAAACAACCGAGUUGUUUCCAUAUCUAUUGAUUCACCUUUCGAAUAUGACGAAUCAAUCUGAAUCCAUCGGUUUACACGAUUCUCUAGACCAAUCAUAUCCUGACAAACCCAACUAGUUUAAAACCCCAAAAAUACAUUUCUUUUUGUCAUUGCUUUUAUUUUUAUAUGUUACCUUCCAUUCUUUGUCGACAUCAAUUUUGUGCUAAAAAAGAUUAGAAAAGAACUUUAGGUUUAAUGUUGCCUUCACAAAACCAUUCAUCACUCUUGGAGGAGUAUAGUGUUUUGCCAUUGAGAAGAAGGGGCAGAAUACUCAUGCCUCAUGGGCUAAGAUAAUACUUGUAUUCCGUUGUGUUGUUAAGAUUCAAAAAUUGAUUUAUUAGUAGUAUAUUUAAUAAUUAUCAUUUUUAAGUUAACUAUUUUUAUCUUUUUUUUUCCAAAAAAAAAGCAUGAAAUAUUAUUAAAUUUUAAUUGUUAAUAAACACAAAAAAGAUCAGUUUUUUUUUUAAUUUUUCUUUUUAUUAAUUUUCUUGAUUCCUUCCCUUAAACAACAUAAAGUUCAUUUUUUAUUGAUAUUUCUUGACACAUUCCCUUACUUUUCAUUGUUUGGAGAAAGCUUACACAUGAAAUAUUAUUUUUUUAAUGGUCAAAAUUUAGAAGUAUUUUACUAUUUUGCUUGUUGUUCAUAUAUUAAUAAAUGCAUGUGCUUUAGAAUUGAUUUUGGAAGUUUGUACCAAAUCUUACAAAUCAAUUUGAUUCUUGAGUCCAAAAAUUGGAAUUUCGAUUGAUGAUUCGAAUCUCGAUUUGACAACUAUGGGUGGAACAAAAGCUUAUGAUUCUCAAACGAUUUUCAAAUCAAAGUAAGAAGGCAUUGUGAGAAUGACAACUUUUCUUGAGUAGACUAAAUGCUCUUUCAAUCGCAUUUCUUGUUGAAGCCUAGCGGUGAUUAAAUAAUGCCUUAUAUUUUGUUGGGUUGCUACUAUUCUUUGACCACUUGUGGUGAUGAUAUUGAACGUCUUUAUAUGGAGCUAAAAACCAUGGCUUAUGGGCAAUUUGUGUACCCUGCAUUGACAAGGUAAUACUAAGUUACUAACCUUAACACAUAAUGACAUGUUAAUAUUCUAUAACUAUUUAAUAGUUUUAAUUUGAUAUUUUUGCAAGGAAAAAUACACAUUACUUAGAAUAACUAAAGGAUGAGAUCUUGAUAAUAAGACCCAUUAUUCUAAUGCAUUCUUACUUUGAUUCAAAAACUCAACUUAGAAUUAUAAGUGCAUCUUCCAUCAUAAUUUUGUACGAACAUACCAACCCAAUGAUCCUUGGUUAAAAUGGUUAUUUGAGCAUGAAAGAAAAAAGAAAAAUCAUGAAAUAAAGGAGGAUUAAGCAAACAAUCACGUUGGUUAGUUUGUACAGUUAAAAAGUGCAUGAGAGUGGUUUAGACAAAGAACUAAUAGAUGAGAAAAGAGGGAUUGUUUGGCUCAAAACAUGUCGCUAAUUACCAAGAUAGGUGAAUUUUUUCAAUCAUUUUUGAAUAGAGAAUUCAUACAACUAGUUAUACUUUGUAUUUGGUUGUACUAUCUCAUUGGACUGUGCAAGGGGUUGAACAAUUUGGUAUUGAUGGAAAUAGAUAUACUUGUAUGAUUAAUUAGUUUUGAUUUUUGAAUGAUACAUUUGUAUGCUUUUUAAGUGUUUAUUUGUUGUCAAAAUAAUUAAUUAGCUUGACUAGUAUAUUUUCUUAAUCCUAAUGAGUCGAUGCGAAUGAUGAAGGAAAAGGGUCCUAAGAACUCUUCUUAUGGAUUGCAGAGUUAGAAAUUAUCUUGUACUUAGUCAUGAUUGAACAGAUGAAUACGAGAUAUGGUUUGAAAGGACCACAGUCUUGGAAAGCAUGUGCUUGAAAUGGUAGCCUCAGGUGAGCAUAUAUUUUCAGUCAAUAAUGGAAGGUGUUUUAAAUCAUUUGAAGACUUAGAAAACACACUAGACAGAAUCUGUGCCUCGUUGGAAAUUAGGUUUUUCAUUGGAUCAUGCAAAAUGUAAAAUCAUGAUGAAUGAGAAACCGCAUGGACUUUGUACAUUGCGAUGA